AUGGCACUGGGAUAUAUCAGGGACCGCUCUGUCAAGAAGAAUACUGUCCAUCUUGUCCCUCCAUCGAGGGAGGGCCAGGUUCCACCCCCACAAGAAGUCAAGGGGUGGAAAGAUGAGGAAGAAAAUGUUUCUGGUAAAAGAGGUUUGCCUGGAGAAAUGGGCCCCAAAGGUUUUAUUGGCGAUCCUGGUUUCUCAGCUCUUUAUCCAGGUCCUCCCGGUUUAGAUGGUGAACCAGGACCACCUGGUUUCCCUGGCCCCCCUGGCCCCCCAGGAAGUUCAGGAUAUUUGGUUGGGCUGAAGGGAUAUCCAGGGGUCCCAGGUCCUGCAGGCAACCAAGGCUACCCGGGUCCACGAGGACAAAAAGGACUGAAAGGUGAUACAGGAGAUUGCAAAUGUGUUGAACAUAUCGAAGGAAGAAGGGGUCCUGCGGGGCCACCUGGCCCUCCAGGGUUUCAAGGUCCAAUGGGAGAUACUGGGAAAAAAGGAGAAUUAGGAGAUCGAGGCCCCCAUGGACUUCCUGGCUUUCCUGGUCCAAAGGGAUUCCCUGGUGUACCUGGACCUCUUGGACCAAAAGGGGUAAAAGGGGAUUCCCAAUAUGUUACCACAAAAGGGGCCAAAGGAGACCCAGGAACUCCAGGAAUUCCUGGAUGUGAAGGAGAAGAUGGUUUACCUGGCAGGAAUGGCAAAGAUGGUUUACCAGGACUUCCUGGGCUUCGAGGUGAUGGCAUAAGAGGAGAACAAGGGGAUCCUGGUGACCCAGGCCAGCCAGGCCCGAAAGGUUUUCCCGGUGAAAUUGGCCUGCCUGGUAUGGGUUUGCCUGGUCCAAAGGGAUAUCAAGGUCCUGCAGGUGACCCUGGCACCCAUGGAAAUCCUGGCUUUCAAGGCCCUCCUGGCCCCCCAGGGGCUCCUGUUCAGACAGAAUGUGGGCAAAGAGAGGACCAAUUUCUUAGAGAUAAUAGAACUGUAUCAAUUUACUCAGGAAUCGACUGUGUUAUAGCCCCAAAAGGAGCUCCAGGGUAUCAAGGACUGCCUGGACAACCAGGUGCAAAAGGUGCAAAAGGGAUUCCUGGUGAACUUGGUUUGCAUGGAUCCAAAGGACUGAAAGGCCCUCAAGGGGAUCAAGGUUAUGGAGGUGCAGCAGGUCCAGCAG